GCUGCAGCGUUGACUCUGGCCUUGAGCAUCCCGAACAAGGACCGGAGAGCUGAGUUGAGCCGAGCCCCUAGGCCCUGCCCCCACAUCACAUUAGACUACUGCCUAACAAGAACAAUCUGUGUGGAGCCAAGGAGCCCAGUCCUUUUCUGGGAAGCAAGGCAGCCAGAGAGGGAGGAGGGGAGGAAAGGAGAGGAGAGGAGAGGGGGAAGGAGGGAUUUGUCCCGAUGGCAAAGAACUUUAUGUUUUAUUUUUUCUGUGUCGAUCAGUGAAACCUCCAGUCUGAAAUCUGAAACUGUAGAAUUACUGUUGGAGGAGGUCCUACAGGAGAUGACCUUCCUUAUGGCACUUCAUCUGAUUGGUCUGUUGGUGACGCUGUGGUCCAGCAGCCCCAGUCUGGCCACACCCCUCCCUUUCAACAUUUCAUUGGAGGGCAGUGCAGAGGGGGAGGAGCUAGACAGCCUCAUUGACACCCCUUCCCCACCUGCCACCAGUGGCCCCGCCUCAGAGUCCUCAACCACCUCACAUGGCUCCACCCACGUAGAGCACUUCCUGCUCAGCCAGAUGGUUCACUUCCUGCAGGAUAAUCUGUUCCUCAUCCUAGUUUUAUUCACACUCUUCAUCACUAUCUUCCUCAUUCUCUGCUGUGCUUGCAUCCUGAGCCGCAAACGAAAGAUCAAUGCCUACUACCCCUCGUCCUUCCCCUCUAAGAUGUACGUGGACCAGGGGGACAAGACCGGAGGUACCAAGCUUUUCAACGAGUUGCCAGAGAAACCCUCCAACCGGCAGCAGGCUGAGCCAUUGGACUCCAGCAAGAAGCUCCAUCAUGACAUCAUGAAGGCAGCCAAGAACCUCCACACUCUCUCCAAGCCUCCCAUGGGAGAGCGAGAGGGAAAAGACCCCACACAGAUAUCUGCAGCAGCAGAGAAAAGUCAUGAGGUGAAUGUUCAGGCUGUGGGAGAAAUAAUAGAGAAAGACAAUCAGCCAUCAAAUCCACCAGAGCUGAGUGAGGAGGAGGUAUGCCAGCUCUCAGUCAAUGAAGCCCAACAGAGCAGCUGCUCUGAGCAGUCAGAAAUCCUUCCGGAACAGACAGGCCUAAAAAAAGAUGAUGAGUCAUUCACAGGAGCUGAGUCUCCAUCUGGCCAAGGGCACUCACAGGCCCAGCAGGAAGAGGACAGGCAAGAGGACUCCAUUGUCACACUGUCUAUUCCGUUGAUCACUGGAGAGAAAACAGCAUUUUAGCUAUGCUCUCGACACUAUGUUUGAUCUCAAUGGUUUGGACCAAUUUUGCAUGAGUGACAAUCUUUAAGGCAAAGCUGUCAGCUGUGUUUACCGCUCUUUGGAUUUACCAAAUUAUGUCUGUUCAGUUGUGUGUAAUCAUAUACUUGAUUUACUUGUUUCCCAGUAGCCAUCUUUCAAUGUAUCUCUCUCUAAAGGGUUAACACUAUGUAACCUGCCAUCUUUCAAUGUCUCCCUAAAAGUAUAACACUAUGUAACCUGCCAUCUUUCAAUGUCUCUCUGUAAAGGGUUAACACUAUGUAACCUGACCAUACACCCCUAUAUAUGCUGUCUUGUUUGAGGUUUCUGUGUUGUUUUUAUUUGAAUUUGUACAAUGGCCAAAGUAAUGGUGCUGCAUGUUGUUUUUCUCUCUCUUCCAUUCUUUGGCAGGUUAGUGAGGUGUUAAUCCUAGGUUAGAGAUCAGUUUUCAGGGCAAUUUGAGGUUGCUUUUUCUUGAAGAACAAAUACGGAUAAGUACAGGGUAAGUUAGCCUCUUGUAGAAUCCCAGAGUUAAAUACUUACACACUCCUCUCUAACAUGUAGGCUCAGCAUUCCCGAACAGUCCCAUUACAAGUCAGAAUGUUGAACACACUUUAUUUAAAUGUACUUUACCUGUUGUUCGCCGAUUCUGUCCUUAUGUCAGAAAUAAUCUGAUACAAAAUAACCACAGAGAAGCAUUAUCAACCGGACUUCAGUAUGCUGGUCUGUAUAUUAUUUCCACGUUUAAUUUUCAAUACUGACGCAUAUCGCAAGUGACCAGCACUUGUACAAUAUGGCUGAGCUUAACCGAACCACAGACCAAAAGGCACACUUCCAGCUGAUUGCAAGGAAACUGCUUCGGUUGACAACGUUCGGUUACAUUUGGCUAUUGUUUACAUAUUGUGCAUCAUGUGAAAUGCAUCAGGUGAUUGAAAAUACUUGCCAGAAUUACAAACAUAUAGAGCCAUAUACACCUACUGGCGCCCCAAAAAGUCUUGUUAAUAAUACUUUCCUGUGGACGUUUUAUCUCCACUAGGUCCAACAACCCAGAGGACGGGUAAAGUACGUUUAAAUAUCAAGUUUUAUCAACAUUCUAGCUUGUAGAGACUAUUGCGUAUUUUUUACAGCGACUUCUUUGAGUAACCAUGGUAACAGUCUAACGUUUAGACAAAGGUUAAGUUCACCAUGAGCACAUCAUGGUGCAGCCUCUGCCACAACUUGGAACUCAGACAGUAUGUCUCCAACAUUAUGGGAGGUAUUUUUACAUUAUAAAACCUGUGGUUGUGUAGUUAGUCAAAUGUUUAUCCUGUCUCUUGAAACAUUUCCACUAAAGGGCCAAUCUGGAGUUAAAAAAAUACCAAAGCGGUCACCCCUGGUUUUGGUAAAGAGCUGAGAGAAAUAGAACCACUCUCAAAUUCAUAGACGGAGCUGUGGAUACAAGGACUGAACACCCAUGAGCUCAAAUUGAUAGUUGUAACCAUGUUUUGAAGCUAUACAGUGUGUUUACAUUGACUUUGUUUACAAACAUUGGGAGUAAAACAAGUGUAUAUUUUGGGUUUUGAUGGGGUGCAACAGUUGAACUAAGCUCAUGAAGCAUUUAUAAUAUCUAUUCAUCAAGAAUCAAUGGCUAUAUAUAUAUGCAUCAUUCAUUUAAAGCUGUAAUAUGUAACUUUUCGGGCAAAUUCACAUAGAAAUUCUCAUUGAAAGCAAGUCUAAAAAGCAGAUCUGUUCUAUGCUUCCCGUUCUUAAGUUAGUUUUAGAGUCUUUGACUUUCGGUUUUGUACAACAGCUUCAAACACAAUAUUUUUCCUUAAGUAAAACAUUUCACAGCAGUUUAGAUGUAACAAUGAUUCUCUACACUAUACUUGCUUCUGUCACAAACUGAAAUUAUGAAAACUAUUACAAUUUGAGCAACCAGGAAAUGGCAGAGCAACUUCUGCAUAGUGCAGUCCAAAAGUAGAAGUAGCAACUCAGAAAUGACCCAUUAAGGGACAACCAUUGCUCUACUGCAGACCCAGGUCCUGAGAAAGAACUUGGUAAAGCACCAAACACAGCAGUCUACUCUACUCGUACUGUGCCAUUACAAUACAGGCUGGUUAGUCCGUGUGUGUGUGUGUGUGUGGUGUGGUUGAAAACAUGACCGGACACACACCAAAAAUGGUUGUAGAGGUGCUGCUUUCUUUAUUUUCAGUGUUCUUUGGUUGAAUAUGGUAGAAAUUGUGAAGACAGUAAAGAGACUCUAAAAUG